CACAAAAUGUCGACGCCGCCAGCAGCAGCAGCGCCGCCAGCUGUGCCCGAUGCCGGGGCCGACGCCGGCUCGUCAAGCCAGCCGCCGAAGCCGCACCGCCCGAACCCCAAAGUCGCCGUCUACGUCUCCGGCGCUGCGUUCGCGCUCACGCUCGGCCUGACAGCCAUGAUCAUCCCAUUCGUGCGGCAAGCGGCCAAGUUGCAAGCGGAGCAGGUCGCGCAGGCCGCCAAGGCGAGCGCGUCGCGCGCUGCCGCCCUCCCAGCGACACCAGCGGCCCCGGCCAACGCCGCCGCGCUGGGUUUCCGCGACGCGCUGGCCGCUGCGCGUGAGCACAAGGCGAAGGAGGAAGACGAGGAGUGGGGCAAGCCCGUCGAGCAUGUGUCUCCAUGGUUCGGGCUGCAGGCGCUCGCGGCCGCCACCGCGCUGGUGUUCGGCACGGCGGGGCUCGGCGCGUGGGGCGCGGCAAAGUACAUGGACGUCGGGAGUAUGGACGAGUUCUCGGCCAAGAUGCGGCAAAACGUCGAGACGACCUACCCCGACUUUGUCUCCUCGGUCCGCCGCGUCGACCCCGAGGCGGACAAGAGCGUGUCCGGGCCCAGCGUGAUCGACCAGCACGGCGAGCUCGACGAGGAGCGGCUGCGCGACUGGGUCAUCAGUCUGGGCGAGGGGAUCGACGAGUAGGACUAGAGCGAGCGUAGCGAGCAGCAAGGCAGCGCUACGACACAUAACAUCUGCAUGGCAUACAACUUGGCUUGGUUCGACUCGACUGCUCCGCUCGGCGCCGCCUCCGCGAGCCUGGCGCGCACCGCGCGGCCUUUUCACAUUGUCUUCUGGUCCUUGCUUCUUCCUUUGUCUGCUUCUCUCGUCUGCUCGCUUCUUCCUCGGUCUCGCGGCGGGCUUGUUGGGUUUGGUUUGACAGGUUACGUGUGCGGUGUGCGCCGGUGGCUGUCGACACGGCGCGCCCUAGGUGGUGGGCGUGAGCGCCUAGUCCUUGCCCUCCUGUGGUGUGUCAGCUUACGAGGCGGAGCCCAAGGGUGAGAGGGUGGGUGGAGGUGGUAGCUACAGCCUCGGGCGCGAGCGCCGCCGCUGACGCAGCACUCGCAUCUCCCACACGCCCACGCCCACUCACAUCGUGCCGCUUCUUGAGCUCGUCGAACCCCUUGCCCGACGACCCAGUGGCGAGCUUGGAGCGCACCCCCUUGGUGACCUUGGGCUUGUAGUCGCCCGUGUCGUUGCGCUUGGCCUCGGCCUUCUUCUCCUUCUUGCCGGUGAAGAGGGGGCCCUCGGUGUCCUUGGGCGCCGUGUGCGCGAGCGCGUCGGCCGAGAUGGCGCGGGUCGCGGGGAGAGUGGUGCGGGCGAUGAGGCGGGGGGCGAGGCGGGUGAGCAUGGUGUGGUGUGGUGGUGGUGGUG